AUGACUCGAAAAAGCAAGCAAGCGGGGGGGAAUAUGCCUCUCACUUCAGUCGAGAUGAAGAAGUAUUCUGUGGGAUAUGGAACAACAACUGCUCGUUUGAAUGCAAUCUCCCAAUACACCUUUGGCGAUUGUGCUUUGUCAUUGCAUUUAGCUGAUGAUCAUCCCGUGGCCACACCUUCUGGUUACAUUUACGAGAAAGCGGCCAUUCUGGAAUAUCUUCUGACUAAAACCCAACAACUCAAGAAAGAAAAGAGAGAAUACGAAGCGUGGCUUCGAAAGUGUCAAACGGAAGAAAAUGAAAAGGACGAGAGAAAGAGAAAAGCACAAGUUGUAGCGUUUGAAGAGGGUCAAAAAGUUGUAACCGAAAAGAAGCAGAGAGUAGACGAUAACCCUCUGAAGCGAACGAGUUACUGGCUUGCAGAAUUUCAGCCCGAAGCAGCCAUUGCUAGCAAUUCAUUCAAUAUCCCUCCGAAAAGACCUCCUUCUCCGAACAGUCAACAACCUUUAUGCAACAAAGAUCUUAUUGCUCUUAAUUUGAUACGGGACACUGGCACCCAUGUAAUCUGUGCAGUUUCGGAAAGGCCCAUAACCACACAACCAGCAAUCGCACUCGUGACAAAAAAAGGAGCUUUGGCCGAAGUUGUAUUGGAACAAGUAUUCAAUGAUCUGGGAAAGGAGAAACUAUGUCCCGUAACUGGUAGGAAAAUCUCGAAAAUUCUUCAAUUGCGAAAAGGAGGAUCAUCAUUUGCAGCCUCUGGUGGCUCAAUAGAAGCCAAAACAUAUCGACCAAGCAUGACAUAG